AUGAGAUUCAGCGUUCCACGUUCUACUUCACCAUCGCCGGUUAGAUCAUAUUACAGGGGGCAGUCGACAUUUGGUGUUCCGGACUCCUCGGACGAUGAAUUCGAUUCAUCUGACACGGAAUCCGUCCAUUCUUCGUCAACGGACUCUUUCUGCUAUGCUUCCGAGUCGGAAGUACCUCCGCCACCACCAAGGCCAAAGCGCGAAGGACGUACACUCGCUGAGCAGCACUACAUAGAAGAUACCCUUGCCGCUAUUCGCUUACGCGUAACUCAUCACGACCCAUACGAGGAAUGGGAGAAGGAGACGAAGAGAGAUGCUUUCCGCUCGGCUCGGCAAGAGCACGCGAAGAAUCGUAUCCAGCGUCAUCAGGAUCGAAACAAGGCUCACGCAGAGGAGGCCAAGCGCCGUGCUGUUCUUCACAAAAAGCAGAUGGAGGAAGUUCAAGCUCAGUUGUCCGCUUUGAACAUGCAGCGCGAGGCGCAGGAGAAGAAUUUGAAAGCGCAAUGGUCUGAGCGGAACCGUCAACUUUGGGUGAAGAUCGAGGCUGUGAUCAAGAUUGAGGAGGACAUGGUGAAGGCCAAGCUCGAGGCGGAGAAGCGGAAGAAGGAGGAGGCUGAGCGAAAACGAAAAGAAGAGGAAGACAGGAAACGGCGGGAGGCCGAGGCUGCGGCGGAAAAGGCAAGACUUCAGAAGGAGAAGGAAGAGCAAGAACGCAGACAGGCUGAGGAGGAUCGGAAGCGAGAGGAAGAGGAAUUCCUCAGGCGAGCGGAGGGCAGUGCACAGGAAGAGGCGGAGUUGGCGGAGAGGAUACAGCUCGGCAUCACGACCGCCAGAGACGACUGGGCUCGGGGACGGGAGUUGCUCAAGACUUUGAAGGCAGGAGCGAUGAAGAUUGUUAAAAUGAACCCGAACUUGAAGGCUCAGUGGAACGCCGGGCGUCGAGAGCUCACAGCGAAAUUCGGACAACUCACGACUGACUCGGAUUCUAUUAAUGCAAUUGGGGACCAAAUCAUUGUGAUCGUCAUAGGCAAUCCUCCACACGAAACGCCCGUGUAUUAUGCGCUUCUGUCAUCGCUUUCCAAAGCUCUCCUGCAGCAGGCAGAGAUGGAGGUCGCUGUCGAGAAGCGGAGCGCUAAACCUCUAGCUGAAAUCGCAGUCAGGAUGAUGCUUUACUUCGAUGGCUUCCCCGACGUCUUCUGGGCCAAGCUGUGCCAGUACGCCGGCAACUGGGUGGUGCCGUUCCCCUUGCCCUUCAUAGAUUACGAUGGCAUGCCGUUGGAAGGUGAUGAGCGGGCUAAGGCGCAGGGGCGGCGGCCGGACGAGACCGUUGCCGAGUUCAUUGCACGCGUGUCAGGCAUCAUGCGUGUAUUCUUCCACAUCCUGUGUACCACCCCCGAGAAUGCACUCGAUACCGUGUACCGGCUGCCACGCUACUGGGCAUACUUUGCGCGAAUGCUGCAGCAGCCCAAGCUGCUCGAGAGUCCAAUCGCGCCGGAGCUGAUGCUCGUCGCUUUGGACGUCGGUGACACGAUGCCGCGGGACAUGUGGGGUCAACAAUGGGUUAAGAUGCUGGAGGUGCUGUACGAGGGCGUCACAGUUGGUCUGAAUGGCGUGAAGAUCGGUGGCCAGACGCCUGAGGGCAUCGCUGGGCGCGUCAGAGUGCAAAAUGAAGUUGAGAGACUCAUGGCUGCGAUGUAG